AUGCAAGGGCACGACCUGAGGUCGCUCACUGAAACGCGCCCCUCUCUAUGUCCUGACGGCUGCAACUACCUCUGGCCCGUGCACCAUGCUCUCUCUCUCCUGCUGCUCCAUCUCUGGUCCCCAUACCCUCCGCCCAUGGCUCUCCCCUUCAGCAGCAGCAGCAGCAGCAGCAGCAGCGCUGGUGACAGCAGCAGCACUGGUGACAGCAACACAAGCAGUUUUGGAAGUAGCAGUGGUAUAGUGGGGUUGCCAGUAGGGUGUGUGGACGCUGAUGCGCCGUCGAAUGUGACCAAGGAGGAGGUGGUCGUGGAUAGAGAUGAGGCGCUGAAGAAGGCCGAGAUGGAGGGUGGUGGGGAGGUGGAGGCAGAGAAAGGAGGAGGAGGAGGAGGAGGAGGAGGAGGAGGAGGAGGAGGAGGAGGAGGAGGAGGAGGAGGAGGAGGCGAAGGAGGGGGGAUAAUCUCUGGUGGUGGUAAUGGGGGACCGAGUGCUGCAAAUGAGAGCACAGAGAAGGACGCGGAGGGAGGAGGCGCAGCAGGGAGUUCUGGAGAGGAAAAGCCAUGGCCAGAUGUGGAUGCUCUAGAGCAGUUGGACUUCGGCAGGUGGUUCCCUGGUAGGGGCACAAUGCUGGAAUCCACUAGCGCUCUUCAAAGGUGGGUCAAUAAGGCUAGGCGGGCAGUGGAGGGAGGAGGAGGAAAGGAGGGACCAGAGGAGGAUAGGGAGACGUCUGAGUGGGGUUCACUUAACGGCGAGAGGAAGGGAGAUGGAGAUGGUGCAACGGGUGGGGGUCAGGAUGGCAGUGGUGGAAGUAGCAGCAAGCAAGGUCUGGGAAGAUUCGGUGGGGCAACAGCUGCUGUUGCAGCAGCAAUCUUGUCACGCAUUUCCAUCACAGAAGUACCCCUUCCGCUUCAUACUUUGGCGCCCUACCUCCUACACCUUCCUGGUAACGACUCCUUCUCCUCCUCCUCCUCCUCCUCCUCGUCCCCUUUGUCUCCCCUCACCUACUACCUCCCUUUCUCUCGCGCUGUGCACCUGGACCACUUAGUCGUCCGUCAGACCCUCGCCCGCUGCUUCGACAUCCGCAACGACUGCCGCAACCUGCGUGCCUCCUCGCUCUCGCGCUACCACCGCGACUGCUUACCCAAGGAUGGGGUCAUGACAGCAGUGGCUGCGGGCGUGAUAGAACGCUGCGAGAGCUGGUGCCCGGGGGAAACCAUGUGCUGGAACAGCAACAGGAGAGCUGCGGCUGCGCUGUCGAAAGCAGCGCUGAAGGCCCCGGUUAAGCUGAGGAAGGAGGAGGUGCUUCUGGUGGAGGCGAAAGAGGCGUUUGUCACUCCUGCUGGGGAGGUCUAUGGGGUGGGGUGGAGGGCGCGAGGAGGCGGCGAGGGGAGCGGCAGUGCAGUGAAGGGAGGAGAUGAUGAGAGCAGUGAGGGUGAUGGUGCUGGUACUGCUGAUGGAGGUAGUGGGGACGGGGGUGCGAGUGGGAUUGGGGGAGAUUUGGAGCUGAAAGACGGAAUGCUGGCCCUUGAUGUGCGUUUGGGGCAGUGCCACCGCCCCAUGGAGCUCCUGCGAGUGAGAACAGACUGGCGAUGGGGUGCUGAGCAUGCGGCACGCACAGUGUUCGUGGCAGAUGCAGAGGAGGAUGGUGUCAUCGCAGCAGUCACUACGUGCCUCACUCGCAUUGCCCUCUGGAGAGAUCAGCUGCUGCAGGAUCAGUCUGUGAAGAUCCAUGUGCGCGGGCUGGAAGGAGGGGAGGGGGAGUACCCGCACUACCUGCCUUCCAUGCUCUCGUUUCUGUCCCUCUCGCCUGAUCGGCUGGUCGCUGGGGAUCUCUAUGCACACCAAAUUCUUCUCAUGGACCCCCCCUGCCGUGCUCCGUUUCGAGCUUUGGAUGGGGUUUUGCUGCUCAACCUGAGGAGAGUCAUACACGAGCUUCUGAGUGGGCACGGGAGGGCGAAGGGAAGCACGAGUGAUGGUGGUGAUGCUGGGAUUGACAGCAAGGGAAGGAGUGAGGACGGAGGCAGUGUAGGCGGUGAUAGUAGUGAUGAUAGUGAUGGUGUGGCGAGCGAGAGUGCGGAGGGAAGCAAGGUCAGCGAGAAGAAGGUGAAGAAAAAGAAGAAAAAGGCGAAGGCGAAGAAGAAGGAGAGCUCAGAAAGCAGCAGGAGGAGGGUGCUCCGGGAGGUUGGAGCAGGUGGAGCACGGAAAGAGGUGUCUAAGAAUGGCACGAUCGUGGUAGUCCAAAACCAAUGGUUCCGAAAGGUGCGAAAUCUCGAGGAGUUUGUUUCUUCUCUUCGGCAGCAGGUGUCACUUCCUGUGGAUGUGAUCACGGAUGACGGCAGGCACGAUGUCUCGGACCUCUGGCCACGCUUCUACCAGGCAGCUCUUGUCAUUGCCCCGCACUCAGACCUCCUUGCUCACAUCGUGGCGUGCCGGCAAGGAACACCAGUGUUGGAGUGGAUGCAGCCAUGGCGUGCUGACGACCCCGCUAGCGCCAGCCCGCGAUUUCAAACACUGGCUACCGGCCUUGGCAUGCCGUACUAUGUUUCUGUGGUUGACUUCCAUGACCCGUUUGAUGACCCGGAUGCGGCAGAAAAGGUGAAAUCGGGCAAGGAGGACGAAGGGAAGUUGACGGGUUUGGACUCCAUAGGGGGUUCAUAUGUUGAGGUGAAUGUUCGUCAGCAGGUUCGAAACGUGGUUAGGAUUCUGGAGGAUGUAGGUCGCUUAGGUUCGCUCCUCCUUUCAGCCAUGAAUUCACUAGGCGGUGAUUUCCCAGCAGCGUCUCUGAAGAACGCGAAGACCCAGUCACAACCAGUCGACCAUCAUUCUGUGUUGAAGAGGUUGCAAUCAGAGUUGAUGAAGCUUAUGACGUCUAGUGAUCCCGGGGUUUCUGCCUUUCCGGAAGGCGACAACAUCUUCUCCUGGGUCGGUACAAUCCAGGGUUCUGCUGGAACCGUGUACGAAGGCUUGACGUACAAGCUUAGCCUGAAAUUUCCUUCCGACUAUCCGUUCAAGCCUCCAACCGUCAAGUUCGAGACUUAUUGCUUUCACCCGAACGUGGACCAGUUCGGUAACAUCUGCCUCGACAUUUUGAAGGACAAGUGGUCAUCCGCUUACGACGUGAGAACCAUUCUCCUCUCCAUCCAGAGCCUUCUUGGAGAACCCAACAAUGACAGCCCGUUGAACGGUCAUGCCGCGGCGCUUUGGCCGCAUCAAGAAGAGUACCGAGAACUUCUACAUAAGAAGCAGAAGGAUGCAGAUCUGAAAGGGACUGCUUGA